AUGGCGUGCUGGUUUGCUUCCAAGCGCUUGUUCAGCUACCUUUCCUGUAAAGCCCAUGCCCACGUGUCCAGGGAUGGCACUGUGCACAGUGGGAAGGGCCCUUCUGCAUCAAUUAGCAAUCAAGAAAGUUCUCGACAGACUUGCCCACAGGCCAGUCUAAUGGGGGACUUCUUCAGCGCAGCUACAGGGAAAUCUCUGGUGAGCAGUGAAGUCGGACAGGCCUCACGUGUGGAGCCGGUCCGAAAUGGUCCUAAUGUGUUCAGUUCAAAGAGUCUUGCCCUUCAAGCCCAGAAGAAGAUCCUGAGCAAGAUAGCCAGCAAAACUGUGGCCAACAUGCUGAUUGACGACACCAGCAAUGAGAUCUUUGAUGAGCUGUACAAAGUCACGGAAGAACACACACAUAGCAAGAAGGAGGCCCACAAGAUCAUGAAAGAUUUGAUCAAGGUGGCAAUCAAAAUCGGUAUUCUCUACCGGAACAAGCAGUUCAGCCCAGAGGAGGUUAUAGUGGUGGAGAAACUCCGGAAGAAACUGAACCAGACCGCCAUGACCAUGGUCAGCUUCUACGAAGUCGAGUACACCUUUGACACAAAUGUGCUCUCUAAGCUUCUGCAUGAGUGCAAGGACCUGGUACAUGAACUGGUGCGGCGACACUUGACACCCAGAACCCACGGACGCAUAAACCAUGUCUUCAACUACUUCGCUGAUGUGGAAUUCCUUUCCACGCUCUAUGGCCCUCAUGGGAACUGCAGGCCCAAUCUCAAGAGGAUUUGUGAAGGAAUCAACAAGUUGUUAGAUGACAAGAUCCUCUGAAAAGCUUCUAGACUUUGCUGCUUCGAAGUUCGACUCUCCAACCUUGUCCAGUAGUAAUCAAGCAGCAACCCUCGUUCAAGGCAUUCUUGUUCUGUUUUCAUCCUUCUGAUGCCGAUUCUAACCCAGACUUAGGUGUGUUUGCUCCCUGAGCACAGACACGAGGUCUCAAGUCUAAAGAACCGUCAACCGUUGUAAGCAAGGAGACUGCUUUGCUCAGUACCCUAAGCUCGGUUCAUCUCAAAGUGGAAGGUGUCCCGGAUUAGGAUACAGAAGGCGUGGACCUGGAUAUCAGCUCUGCCGCUGUCACUAGGUCCUCUGUGUUCUGGGACCAUGACACUUCCUGACUGUCUCACACAGGUGUGGUGAGGAUGGAACAUGAUAACUCACAUUCACAGUUUUGUCAAAAGGAGACCAGCACAUAACAAUAGAUGUGACCAAUGGGUUUGUUUGUUGUCUGUUGUCAUGGCAUAUUCAAUAAUCACAGUACCAGAGAAGCUGGGGUGUGAGAAUGAUGAUUUGGGGUUGAGGGGUGAUAGUCUGGACUGUAGAGUGAGGUUGAAACAAACCUGGCCUGUACAGAAAACUGAGGAAAUGAAGAAAGAAAGAAAGAAAGAAAGAAAGAAAGAAAGAAAGAAAGAAAGAAAAAGAAAGAAGGAAGGAAGGAAGGAAGGAAGGAAGGAAAGAAAGAAAGAAAGAAAAGAAAAGGGAGGGAAAAGAAGAAAUGGAAGAAAAUAAAGAGUUCCUUCCCUCCCUUAAGAGAAACGAGUCAAGGUGGUGGCGUUCUCUUCCUUCUGCACGUGGAAUAGGGCCACCUGCUCGAGGCUGGGCUAUUUCCUGGUUCUCUCCGGUUUCGUCUCCAGCCACAUCUGUCCACAGCCUGCACUGACUCUCCUUCUCACUUGUCUCCUCCUUUCAUUUCAUCUUACACAGGAAAGUUUUAGUUUGGGUGAAGAGUCUUUAAUUCCCCUUAAUGAGACGAUAAAUUCUGUUUUGUAGGGUGUGGGGGCUCUGCCCUUAAGUUUUAUUUAUAAUUGAUCUGUAAUAAUUUUAAGCAUCUGUUGUGGUAUAAGGCUUCAGUGGGUGUACAUAUUGUAUUAUCAAAUCGGUGUAAUUAGCAUAUCUAUCACAAAUAUUUAUUUUUUUCUGGUAGGAAUAUUUAGAAUCUCCACUCUAGCUAUUUAGUAAUAUGUAGCAAAUUAUUAUUAGCUAUAACUACCCUAUUAUGAGACAGAACAGUAUAAUUUUCCUGUGUAAUUGUAACUAUUAACCCCUGCCCAUCCCUUUUCCUCUCCACUUAUCACUCUGUAAGAACUGAUGUUCUACCUUUUAUCUCAUAGAUACCAAUUUUUGAAAUAUUUUGUGUUUGUGAAUUACAGUGUUUGUUCAAUGUCUGUCUUAUUUCAGUUAACAUAAAGUUUUGUCGUU